AUGUUCUUACACUCAACGAAAAUAAAGGAAUUGCAGAGUGGAAUUGCAGAGUCAGGGAAAGCAAUAAAUCUUGUUGGAAUUGCACAAAGAGGUUUCCUCAAUGCCGAAGAAGAAAGAUGCUUUAGAAAAGCCACUACAAUCCCUGUAAAAUCUGUUCUCAUCUCAUCCAAACACAGACAGGAAGAUUUUCCUAGUAAAACUGAAAACCAGUUUGCAAAAUUGGCACUGGUUGCACUGGCUGCUGGGGUGUUGACACUGGGCUCAGUUGAUACUGCAUCAGCCGCCAAAACUGGUGGCCGAGUCGGUGGCCAGGCUUUCCGGCCAUCAGCGCCGCGCUCCUCUGGUCCAAGAAUCAACAAUUCAAGAACCAAUGUGUAUAUCAACCCACCAAUUGCCCCUCCUCUAGUUGGUGGAUACGGAUAUGGCUUUGGCGUGCCAUUUUAUGGUGGAUGGGUUUCUGCUGUUGUUAGGCGAUUCCGUGGAUCAAGGGAUGAAGACGAUGAUGAUGAAUACUAG